AUGCGAGAAUUGAGUACCGAUGUCUACGAUCGCUGUGGUUGUGUGGUUAGAUCAACACAUCAGAUCCCCUGUGCAUGUGAGCUGCGAGAGGUGGUCGAUUCAGGUAACCCGAUCAGCCUUGACAGUAUACACCCGUUUUGGACGAAACUUGUUAUUCUCGGCGAUGGGCUGGACACAUCUGCGCAACCCGAUUUUGCUGGUUUUCAGACUGAGGAACAUCAGUAUUUUCACGAGGUCGCCGACGAGGUCAUGACUAAGGAUCCUUCAGUGUUGCGUGAUAUUUCUCGUAUUGUUCGAGAGCGACUUCACCCCGAAGACUUAGGCUACAUGGAACCAGAAGUGAAAACAAAUGUCAGAGGUCGACCAAAGGGGAGCAAAUCAACGAAGCGGGAUCCGAGUCGUCAUGAGUACAAGGACCGUGUACCUGGUCGUCCUAAAUCUUCCAAAGCUCAGAAAAAUCGUACAUCCGCGUCAGCUGGUUUGCAAAAUGCGGAGGUUAUUCCAGGAUUCCUUUUACCAUUCGUUGACGAGCUUGUGGACGUGCGUGGAGACGGCAACUGUGGAUUUCGCGUGGUGGCAGACCACAUAUAUGGUGACGAGGAGAUGUGGGGAAUGACUAGAAUGAACAUUGCAAACGAAAUCUCCGCCCACCCUUAUCGAUACGAGGGUAUUUGCAUUGAUGGGUUGCAAGCGGCCAUUACACGUAUUAGUUGGGAAGGGGGAGAGUGUGGCCCUCGCAACUGGAUGCAGGUAUUGGAUGACUUGUUCCCUAUUGCCUCUAUCUUCAAUGCAGCUGUUAUUUACAUACAAGGCGGGACGCUACAACAGACGCGAUUCUCUUCGUUUACUGUUCUGCCUUUGCAUUCCUCUGAGGUUCACUCACGACCAUCGAAGGAGAUAGUGAUAUUGUAUAUUAGUGGACGCGCUCAUUUUGUUAGGUUGAAUUUGCAGGAUAAUUUUCCUGUCCCACCAAUUCCCACCCUGUGGUUCCAGCACAGGGACCAUACUGUUCAGUCUUGGCAUACUUUAUAUGCUAAUAGCAGAGAGCAAUGGGAUAGUUUGAUAGGUAUGGCAGAUUGA